CGAGGUAAUAAAGGAUGGAACUAUUCUUAGCUCGUCCUGAGUGUUAACCAUUUCAACAUUUGUUAUUUAUGCGAGAUAUUUUUUUGACGAAGUAUGAAAAACAUUUAAUUUGAACAACUUUUCUCAUAUUUACUUUAAAAUAUUUUACCAAAGAUGACUGCAGAGAUUUUUGAAAAGAGUGACGAGAAGUUCUACAAUGAUGGAGCUAAUUAUUGGUCAGAAAUUCCUGCUACAGUGGAUGGUAUGCUUGGCGGCUUCGGUUUCGUUUCCCAGAUAGAUAUCAAAGAUUCUAAAAUGCUACUGAAGCACUUGUUUAAUUCGAAAGUUCCACCUGAUAGACAAUAUGCCUUAGACUGCGGAGCAGGUAUAGGUCGAAUAACAAAAUUCUUAUUAACUGAUUUGUUUGAGAAAGUAGAUUUAGUAGAACAGAACCCUGUAUUUCUCGAACAAGCAAAGAAUUAUAUGGGAAACAAAAUUUCUAAAGUGAUCAAUUUUUACCCAGAAGGAUUGCAACAUUUUCAUCCACAACCGAUGAAGUAUGAUGUUAUUUGGAUUCAGUGGGUGUUGGGCCAUCUAACUGAUAACGAUUUAAUAAAUUUCCUCUUGUCUUGCCAGGACGGGUUAAGACCCAACGGUGUAAUUAUAGUAAAGGAAAACAUAACCUCAACGGAUGAUAUUGAAAUGGAUCGUCAGGAUUCAUCAGUUACUAGACCCAUGUGGUUGUUUCGACGGAUAUUUGAUAAAGCGAAUUUGGAAUGCUAUAGACAAGUAAAACAGCGAAAUUUCCCUAAGGGGUUAUAUUCUGUGUAUAUGUUUGUACUUAAACCAAGGAAAGAAAACUCUUUAGAACCAGAAUGUAUUAGUAAAGUUCCGUUAUCUAAGGACGGUUCUGAAACUACGGAAAUUAGUUGUGAUGGGAGUAAUAUUCAAGAGGAAAAUCGAGACUCUGAUAACUCUUCUUAAGGACAUACGAAUUCAAAUUUUACGAUGACAGCUAAAACAAGUUAUUGUACCAAAUGAAUUUUUAGCAGCAUAAUUCAUUAUGAUUAUUUUAAUUUAUUUAUGUAAAUUAUUUUUUUAUUAAA